AUGAUGCCAGAAUCUCGUACAGGAGAAAAUAUUGCAGAGGUUUUGAGAAACGCUGUGAAGGCAUGGAAAUUGCCCAUUUCUGAUGGAUUUCCACCAGUUGUCUCUGACAAUGCUGCCAAUAUGAUGAAAGCAGGUGAACUCCUCGGAAACAUUCACAUUAACUGUUACGAACAUACGUUAAAUUUAGCUUGUCAAAAAUGCCUUGCAGUUAAGAAACUGGAAAAUACUCUAGCCAAAAUUAGAAAAAUUGUAGCCUUUUUUCUCAGAAGCAACAUUGCAGCUGCUUUGCUCAAGAAUACAGCUGAAAGUUUAUCACUGCCUCAACACAAAUUAAUAAUGGACGUCCGAACAAGAUGGAAUAGUGCCUACGAUAUGAUCUCACGAUUUCUCGAAAUGCAGGUAGCAAUAUUUGCUACCUUGAAAUCAAAGGAGUUAGGAAAAGAAAGAGAAGCAGAAUUAAAGUCUUUCCAUGAUGAUGACUUUACUGUGGCAGAGGAAGUGGUCCAGCUGUUAAAGCCGUUUAAGGAUAUAACAACACUCCUGUGUUCAGAAAAAUCUCCCACUUUGUCCAUUAUCUUGCCACUUCACAAUAAACUUCUGGACAAGCUUCGUGAACAAAAUGAUGAUACCCCAACAGUCUGCAGCAUGAAAAAUAUUAUGUUUAAAGACUUGAAAGUAAGAUAUAAUCGGAUUGGACACACUCUAUGCAUUGUUUUUGCUUUGGAUCCGCGGUUCAAGAUGCUUCCAUUUUUAUCAGAAAAUGACAGAUCAGCGGUGUACUCUGAUAUUGUUUUAGAAGUCUGUCGAGUACAGAGUAUAAUCAAAGUGAAAAGAGAGAAAGAAGAGAAAGAUGCUGAAUUAUAUGAUUUUGAAGUCCUGAAUGAGCCACCCUCACUGUCUUCAGAUUCUCCAGCUGUUAGCCCUGUCAAAAAAAGAGUCAAAGCAGAAGGUUCUUCCUCUACUUGUGGUGAUUCUAUGGAAUCUGUGCUCCACAGCUUUCUUGGUGAUGUAUACAUUACUGAUGUUGAGCCUCCAAAAUCACCAAGUACGAUUGCUGAGCAGCAGACCGUUAAUUUUGAACAGAUUACGUUAGUGUGGAACGGAAUCCGUUCCCCGUUAGUACAAGUAUAUAAGGAGAGUUCCGUUGUUCAAGGGGGACUCCAGCGUUUUUCUGAUUCCUAG